GUAAAAACGCGAGAGAUGCUGAUGAUGGUGAUGAUCCUGAUGUAAACAAACACCUGGCCGCCUAUCUCUUCAGUUCAUCUCCACAUUACAGGCUUAUUAGUGCUUCUACAACAGCCUCGUGUGUUUAUAUGGCCACAGCACAGCACACAGCCUCAUGAUCCAGACCUAGCUGGACACAAAUUAAAGAGACGCACAACUUCUAGUGGCACAAAAUCUACAUAAUUAAAAGGACGCCAUGUCGGACAUCCUGGAGGGCAGUAGCGGCGGCGGCGGCGGCCUUGUGUUGCGCAAAGCCAAGGAUGACGACGCAACCUUCAAGAAGCCGGCGAUCCCUCGUGGCUCCCUGCUGGGCCUGGACAAGCUGGCGGCACUGCGGAAGAAGAUGCGGGAGGACAAGGGUGAGGUAUUGGCGGUCCCCCCCAAGCGUCGCCACUCCUCCUCCUCCUCCUCCUCCAGUGACUCAGAGGAGGAGGAGAAGCCUGGCCAGAGGGAGGUGAAGGCCAAGGAGAGGGAGUACCGCAGCCGCUAUGAUGAGACGCCCACGUACACUGGCGGCGUGGACCGUACGGCGUGGGAGAGACUGGCGGAGAAGCAGCGGCGGCAGCGGGAGCGUGGUGUGGCGGCCUCCAGCAAGGACCAGCGGCGGGAGGAUGGCAGGGAUAGGGACAGGGAUCGGGACCGGGACCGCUACCACAGGGACAGAAGGGACCGGGACAGAGAUAGGCCCAGAGAGCGGGGCAGAGACAGGGACAGGGAUAGGCACGGUGACCGUCGUCAUCACCGAGACCAGAAUGAGCGCGGUGACUGGAGUGAGCGGAGUGAACGUGGAGAUCGUAGUGAGCGAAGUGAACGUGGAGAUCGCAGCGAGCGUAGUGAGCGUGGGAGUCGCAGUGAGCGAGGGCGGGAUGACUCAGAGCGGUCAUGGGACUGGUCUGAGCGGUCAGCACGCACACCCCGGUUCUCAGAUGCCCCCGAGACGCCACGCAUCCCCGGCGUGAAGGACACGCCCUCACACUCCCCAUGGGAUGAAGAUGACAACACCCCCUUGAAGAUGUCCUCCUGGGAUCUGCCCACACCCUCCACCCAGCGCCGCCAGAAGGACAGCGACUGGUCCCUGCGCGCGGGGCACCAGAACCAGCGCACGCCCCUGCCCACGCCCUCCUACAAGGACAACGCCUGGAUGGGUGAGGGCGGCCCACGUGGCGGUGGGGAUUUUGAGAAUGAAGAGGACCGGGCACGCUGGGAGGAGGAGGAGCGGCGGCUGGACCGCCAGUGGUACGGGAUGGACCAAGGCUACGAUGACACCAACAACCCCUUCGCUGAUGUGUCUGCCGAGUACGAGCGGAAGAAGGCGGAGAAGGCUGAGAAGAGCAAGCGCAAGAUGAGCGCCAAGCAGCGUCAGGUCCACAAGGACAACGAGCUCUGGGAGACCAACCGCAUGCUGACCAGCGGCGUGGUGCAGAAAGUGGACUACGACGAGGACUUUGAGGAGGAGUUCACCAACCGCGUGCACAUCCUGGUGCACAACAUUGUGCCGCCCUUCCUGGACGGCCGCAUCGUGUUCACCAAGCAGCCCGAGCCCGUGGUGCCCGUGCGGGACUCCACCUCAGACAUGGCACAGGUGGCCCGUAAGGGUUCGGCGGCGGUGCGGGCGCGGCGAGAGCAGCGGGAGCGGCGGCGCGCGGCACGCAAGGAGUGGGAGCUGGCCGGAACACAGCUCGGGAACCUGAUCGGCGUGAAGAAGGAGGACGAGCGGGACGACCGCCGCAUCGAGGAGGGCCAGACGGACUACAAGGCCGACCAGAAGUUUGCGGAGCACAUGAAGGGCACCAGCGAGGCGGCCAGUGAGUUUGCCAAGCGCAAGACUGUGCUGGAGCAGCGCCAGUACCUGCCAGUGUUUGCAGCACGCGAGGAGCUGCUGCGCAUCAUCCGGGAGAACUCUGUGGUGGUGGUGGUGGGUGAGACGGGCAGCGGCAAGACCACGCAGCUCACCCAGUACCUGCACGAGGACGGCUACAGCAGCCGGGGCAUGGUGGGCUGCACCCAGCCUCGCCGCGUGGCCGCCAUGUCCGUGGCCAAGCGCGUCUCAGAUGAGAUGAGUACGCGGCUCGGGGAGGAGGUGGGCUACGCCAUCCGCUUUGAGGACUGCACCAGCGAGCAGACGGUGAUCAAGUACAUGACGGACGGCAUCCUGCUGCGAGAGUCGCUGCGGGAGAGUGACCUGGAGCACUACAGCGCCAUCAUCAUGGACGAGGCCCACGAGCGCUCGCUGAGCACCGACGUCUUGUUUGGGCUGCUGCGGGAGGUGGUGGCGCGCCGUGCCGAUCUCAAGCUAAUUGUCACCUCGGCCACCAUGGACGCCCACAAGUUUUCAGCGUUCUUUGGCGAGGUGCCGGUGUUCAAGAUCCCAGGCCGCACCUUUCCUGUGGAAACCUUCUACUCGCGCCACGUGGUGGAGGACUACGUGGAGGCGGCGGUGAAGCAAGCGCUGCAGAUCCACCUGCAGCACGAGGAGGGCGACAUACUGGUGUUCAUGCCCGGCCAGGAGGACAUCGAGGUGACCUGCGAGCUGCUGGUGGAGAAGCUGGCAGAGAUAGACAAUGCCCCACAGCUGGCAGUGCUGCCCAUCUACUCCCAGCUGCCCUCAGACCUGCAGGCCAAGAUUUUCCAGCGUGCUCCCGACGGCCUCCGGAAGUGUGUGGUGGCCACCAACAUUGCCGAGACCUCCCUCACCGUGGACGGCAUCAAGUACGUGGUUGACUCCGGCUACUGCAAGCUGAAGGUGUUCAACCCACGCGUGGGCAUGGACGGCCUGCAGGUGUACCCGGUGUCCCAGGCCAACGCCAACCAGCGGCUGGGACGUGCCGGCCGCACGGGGCCCGGCAUGUGCUACCGCCUGUACACUGAGCGCCAGUACAAGGACGAGCUGCUGGAGUGCACGGUGCCAGAGAUCCAGCGCACCAACCUUGCCAACGUGGUGCUGCUCCUCAAGUCCCUGGGCGUGGAGGACUUGCUCAAAUUCCACUUCAUGGACCCCCCGCCCCAGGACAACCUGCUCAACUCCCAGUACCAGCUGUGGACGCUGGGCGCGCUGGACAACACGGGGCUGCUCACGACCCUGGGCCGCGGCAUGGUGGAGUUCCCGCUGGACCCGGCGCUGUCCAAGAUGCUGCUGGCCGGUGUGGAGAUGGAGUGCUCCGAGGAAAUCCUGACCAUCGUGUCCAUGCUGUCCGUGCCGGCACUCUUCUACCGCCCCAAGGGUCGCGAGGAAGAGGCCGACGCCAUGCGAGAAAAGUUCCAAGUGCCAGAGUCAGACCACCUCACCUUCCUCAACAUCUACCGGCAGUGGCGGCUCCAGCAGUACUCGUCAGGCUGGUGCAACAAACACUUCCUGCACUUCAAGGCCCUCAAGAAGGUGCGGGAGGUGCGGCAGCAGCUGCACGACAUAAUGGACCAGCAGCGGCUGGUCCUCACCAGCUGCGGCACUGACGAGGACCUGGUGAGGAAGUGCGUGUGCGCCGCCUACUUCCACCAGGCCUGCCGCCUCAAGGGCAUCGGCGAGUACGUCAACCUCCGCACGGGCACGCCCUGCCACCUGCACCCCACCUCUGCGCUGUUUGGCAUGGGCUACACGCCGGACUACAUCGUGUACCACGAGCUGGUCAUGACCAGCAAGGAGUACAUGCAGUGCGUCACGGCCGUGGAGGGCGGCUGGCUGGCUGAGGUGGGCGACAAGUUCUACAGCGUCAACGAGGGCGGCGCCUCGCGCAUGGAGAAGCGGCGCCAGGCCCUGGCACACAAGGCGGCCAUGGAGGCGGAGAUGGACCGCGCCCAGGACACCCUCAAGGCGCGUGCCGAGGAGCGCAAGCGGCAGCAGGAGUCAGCAAAACGGCAGCAGGUGUAUGACAUGGGCACGCCGCGCCGCCAGCCGUCCUCCGCGCGCUUCGGUAUAUAAGGGGGUCCCUGGGGGGGGGACUAUACAUAAUUACUAUAUAAUAGCCGUCUCUCCUCUAGUAGGUAAGAAAUGCUAUGAGUACAUUCAGAUUGACUACUUUAUAUUUGUACAAAAAUAAAUUUAAUGGUUAAAA